AUGACGCCAAAGUACUUUUGCUCCAACUGCUUCUCCCGAGUACAGUCUGAUCAGAGCGUUUUCGGACCUGCGAUCAUCUCCGAUCGAUCACAAUCGUGGGCGAGGUAUUCCAAAUGGCUGGCUUUUGCGUCGACCAAGGCCUAUGUUUUAGCGUCGCUGUAUGUCGAGCUUCUCAAGUUGGAUGAAGCCAUACGCAAACAGUGUCGCACAUCAAAGCGAACAGGACAAAAGCCACAGUUCCCGCCAGCCUUUCCUCCAACGCCAAUCCUUCCGCCCAGCAUCAAUUAUGCCCCGAGUGUCACUCCCAAUGUCAUGGACAAGACUGCGCCAAAUGCGCAGACCGUAUGCCCGGGCUACAAGGCGUCUAAUGUGCAAGAGAGCUCCUCUGGCGUGAAGGCUGACCUCAGCUUGGCUGGACAAGCCUGCAACGUGUAUGGCAACGAGAUCACGAACCUGAUCCUGGAUGUGCAAUACCAAAGCCAGCAACGCCUAGCGGUGCGCAUCUAUCCAAAGUACCUUGCUGCUAGCAACCAGUCACAAUACAUCCUCUCGCCCACCCUUGUAGCGCAGGGCAACGUCGAAUCUGGUGCGAGCAAGAGCAAGAGCGACCUCAUCUUCACUUGGAGCAAUGAUCCAAGCUUCCAUUUCAAGAUCUCGCGCGCGGGCUCUGGCGAGGUCAUCUUCGAUACCUAUGGCCAUAAAAUCGUGUUCGAGGACCAAUUCCUUGAGCUCGUGACCAACAUGGUGCCUCAAUAUAACAUCUACGGACUUGGUGAGGGCCUGCGAGGCUUUCGCAUUCCCAACAAUUACACUCAGACGAUGUGGAACGCGUACAACCUUGACAAUGAUCAAAUACUCGACGUGAACGCUCAUGGGGUUCACCCAGUCUAUGUGGAGACACGUUAUGCCAAUGGUACAUCCACCUCCCAUGGUGUAUACGCUCGUAAUGCGCACGGUCAGGAAUGGCUUAUGCGAGACACGACCGUCAGCUAUCGCGCGAUCGGUGGCAGCUUCGACCUCUACUUCUUCUCUGGUUCGACUGCAAAACAAGUCAUCAGCCAAUACCAGACCGGCGUUAUCAACACGCCAUACUUGCCAGCGUACUGGCACCUUGGCUUCCUCCAGGUCCGAUGGGGCUACCAGAACUGGUCCAACCUCCAAGAGGUCGUCGACCUAUACGCGGAUCAAAAUAUCCAGCUCGAAGCAAUCAUGAACGAUCUCGACUACCUGAAGAUGAAUCGCGAUUUCACCAACAACCCUGGUCAUUACGACCUUGCUGAAGGUGCCGCAUUCUUGGAGAGACUACAUGCCAAUGGACAAUACUACCUGCCUAUCCUGGACCCCAACAUAUAUGUGCCAGAUCCGACCAACGCAUCUGAUGCCUAUUCCACGUACGAUGCUGGUGCAGCUGUUGAUGCCUAUAUCCAUAAUGGUAACGAUAGCUUCUACGUCGGUGUCGAGUGGCCUGGCUUCAGCGUUUUCCCAUCGUUCAUCACGACCCAGGCGCAAAGCUUCUGGACUGAGCAGAUCGUAGCGUUUCAUAAGUUAAUCUCCUUCGACGGGUUUUGGCUGGACGUGAAUGAUGCCGUGUCCUACUGCACGGGUUCCUGCGGCCAGAACAUGAUUGAGGAGAAUCCAAUCCACGUUCCGUUCGCUCUGCCCGGCGAUCCAAAUACCUCCAUCGCUGUCGACUAUCGGUAUCCAGAGAUGUUUAAUAUCACCAACGCCACCGAGGCGGCCUCUGCUAGCUCUGCAAUGAUGUCGCAGUCGCUUGCAUAUCCCACCCCUUCGGUGACACCAACGCCGGUCUUGGCGCGCACCAUUCCCACACCGGGCAUCCGAAACUUGAACUUCCCUCCCUAUGCUAUCAACAACUUUUUGCCAGGCCAUAGCUUGGUCAAGGAAGUCAUAUCACCAAAUGCCACUCACCCCGAUGGCCCAUACAACAGCACCGAGUAUGAACUUCACAACCUCUAUGGGCACGUAAGUGGCCGGGCGACUUACAACGCACUUAAGGAAGUCUUCACUGGGAAGCGACCUUUCUUUAUCAACCGUUCUACAUUCGCUGGAAGUGGUAACUUUUCCGGUCACUGGGGAGGUGACACCAACAGUAUGUGGGGUGACAUGUACUUUGGCAUCCCACAAGCGUUGCAAUUCAGCAUCUUCGGCAUUCCGUACUUCGGCGUCGAAACCUGUGGGUUCAAUGGCAAUGCUGACAUGGAACUGUGUACCCGCUGGAUGCAGCUGAGUGCCUGGUUCCCGAUGUACCGCAACCAUAACAACCGAAACACCAUCGCUCAAGAGGCAUACCGCUGGUCUACCACAGCUGAGGCCACUCGCCGCAUCAUGAACAUCCGCUAUUCCCUCGCACCAUACACAUACACUCUAUUUCACAAGGCCAAUGUUGCUGGUGAGACUGUGCUUCGCGCGCUCGCAUGGGAGUUCCCGAACGAUGCAUCCUUGAAAGCAGUCGAGACACAAUUCAUGUCCGGUCCGGCGAUCCUCGUUACACCAGUACUCGCGCCCCUUGCCACUACGGUACAAGGUGUCUUCCCGGGCAUCGCUGACGGCACUAAUUGGUAUGAUUGGUACACGUUCCAGAAGAUUCAUGCCGCAGCUGGAGAGAACAAGACUCAAGACGCACCACUUGUUCAUCAGCCUGUCGCGAUUCGUGGUGGCUACAUAAUCCCUAUUCAGAAGGCUGGUAAUACCACCAAGACCUCGCGAAUGAACCCUUGGAGCUUGGUUGUCGCUCUUGACAAGGACGGACAGGCUAGUGGCGAGUUGUACCUCGACGAUGGCAUCACGCUCAACCCAAGCCAGACCAAGAAUGUUCAGUUCAUGUAUGCAAACAACACACUCAAGGCCACGGUCUCAGGCAAUUACAACGACAACAUCCCACUAGCCAACGUGACUAUCGCCGGGUAUAGCGGCCAAGUCAAAUCGGUCUCUGUCAAUGGCGUCCCAGCGUCGAAGGCACAGGCUCAGUCUGGCAACGGCAACGUUCUGUACAUCACGGGCUUGCAGGAUGCGACGAGCAAGGGCGUUUACAACAGCGACCUCACCAUUCAACUGCAAGGUGCUGGCUCGAGUGGCAGCGCAAGCGCUACUUCGACACUUUCGAGCAAGGUCAGCUCCAGCCAGAAAAGCUCUGCGACCGCGUCUAACGCGGGAGGCUAUCACGGCUCGCACAGCGCAUGGGGGCCCAGCUCUGCCGGUGGAUGGUGA